AUGUUUGCCAACGCUCUCCAAUCGGGUUUCAUAUCAAUACUUUAUAGCAUUGGCUCGCACCCCCUGCAACUGUGGGAUAAAGCAGUCCAAAAUGGCCACAUCAAACGAGUAACUGACGAGGAGAUUCAGUCCUUUGUUGUUGAAAUCCUUGGCGCAAAUGUGUCGACAACUUUUAUUACUUGCCCUCUGUACAAAGGCUCGCUCGGGAUCAAGCUACCUAUACUUGUCAUGAUUGUGAAAAAUAUGAAAAAAUACUUUACCUUCGAAGUGCAGAUUCUGGAUGACCAAAACGUCCGCAGACGAUUUCGGGCAUCGAACUAUCAAAGCGCCACAAGAGUACAGCCUUUCGUAUGCACGAUGCCGCUGCGCCUGGAUGAGGGUUGGAAUCAGGUACAAUUCAACCUCGCAGACUUCACACGGAGAGCCUAUGGAACAAAAUUCGUGGAGUGCGUGAAAGUGCAACUCCAUGCAAACUGUCGGAUCCGAAGAAUUUUCUUCUCGGACAGAUUUUACUCUGAAGAAGAGCUGCCCCCCGAGUACAAACUAUUCAUUCCAAGCAGCAGGCACUAA